CUGCCAUGUCCAAAAGCUUGAAAAAGAAAAGCCACUGGACUAGCAAAGUCCAUGAGAGUGUCAUUGGCAGGAACCCGGAGGGCCAGCUGGGCUUUGAACUGAAGGGGGGCGCCGAGAACGGACAGUUCCCCUACCUGGGGGAGGUGAAGCCCGGCAAGGUGGCCUAUGAGAGCGGCAGCAAGUUGGUGUCGGAGGAGCUGCUGCUGGAAGUGAACGAGACCCCCGUGGCGGGGCUCACCAUCAGGGACGUGCUGGCCGUGAUCAAACACUGCAAGGACCCCCUCCGACUCAAGUGUGUCAAACAAGGAGGAAUUGUUGAUAAGGAUCUUCGUCACUACCUCAACUUACGAUUUCAGAAGGGUUCUGUGGGACCACGAACUUCAGCAAAUCAUUCGUGACAACCUCUACCUCCGCACGGUUGCCAUGUCUGGAAGCUUGAGUUCUCCAGUACACCUGCACUGAGCCAUAGGUGGAUGUUUCUGUCACUUUGACUCCAGGAGCUCCAUUCAUUCUAUAGGAAACAGGAGUGGUGG